UUGAACGAAUUGAACCGGCACGAGAAGGACAAUUGGCAGGUACUGAAGUCUUUAUUUGGAGAUAAAACCAGUAAGCUUAUUGUCUUUUUCACUCCUUACGUGGUUUUGCCAAUCAUGUUCAAAAUCAACUCCUUCAAUCAUGGAUUUAUGAUUCCAAAGCUCUUCCUCACCGGCUUGAUGAUGGUUCCCAUCGCGUAUGUUUUGAAGAACUUCGUCAUCAAAGGGAUUGUUCCUGAUCGGUCGUUGCUAAAGUCACCUUUACUGAGCGGAAUCUUUUCAGGAACGUUGUUUUGGGCGAUUUUGCUGUUCUGCUUCGAGGUGUUUCCGAUAGUAGCAUUCAAGAGCUUUCGAUUGUUUAUUCAUUCACUCCUUUUGGCUGCAUGCAUCGUGGUGAUAUCAUACUCAUUCUAUAAAUCCAUGGUAUUAAACCCCGGCUUGGUGCCCAUCACCACUGACCAGACCAAGAUCAUGGCCCAGAUCCACGAAUUGAUCAAAAUCAAUAGGUUCAAUCCAGACAACUUUUGUGUCAACAUGUUGGUAAGAAAACCAUUGAGAUCCAAAUACAGUCACUAUAACAAGCGAUUGAUUGCCCGAUUUGACCAUUUUUGCCCUUGGGUGUACAACGAAAUUGGUGUUAGAAACCAUAAGAUCUUUAUAUUUUUCAUCUACUCGUUGAAUUUGGGGAUCUUUUUAUACUCGACUUUGGUGCUCAGCUACUUCAAGUACGCCAAACCUCAAUUAGAAACCCGUGAUGGCUAUGAUUCUGACGAUGAAGGCGAAUGUUUAUUCUUUGAUGACGAGAUGUGCAAAGGUUUCAUCAACUUCAACUUCACCUUCAACUUGAUGGUUUGGUGUUGCUUCCAGUUCGUGUGGGUAUCAUUCUUAUCGUUAACCCAGACGUUUCAGAUCGUAAAAGGUUUAACCACCUACGAAUUUGCUACGUUAUCAUCACCUGGAUCACUUGGGGAACCAAAGAACCCUUUCAAAGUAUGCCUCAAACUUCUUGGAAUUGACCAGUUCAUGUUAUCAGCAAAAAUGAGUAUCAUGUCGUUGCUUAAUAGGAAUGUAGAUGAUUUCCAGAAUAUCGAAUCAGAUAUUCCGUCCGAUUAUGGAGUCAAACAGAACUGGCUAGAUUUUUGGGUUCUUGGAGACAUCAAGUUUCGGAACGUGUUCUACUUACCACUUGAAGGAGAGAACAAUUUGAACGGACAGUUGGUUGACUACUAUACGCUUUAUGACUACCCUAGCAAAAGCCCUAGCCAACUAGCUUAAUACACUGUAUCUAUACAAUCACAAUAUUUUCCAUACAUGUACUUGAAUGACAACACGCAAGUAGACAUAUAGAAAACAACAUGAAUAAACAUAUUGUCUCUAUAACGGGUGGCCGACAUCACAACAUAUGACAAAAGUCAAGUCAACUUGUCAGACAGCCACUUAUACCCACCCAAUACGAAGCCUCCCGAAAGAGUAUGAAGUAAAGGGUCAAGAUCAUCGCUCCUUUGAAGACGAAAAUCCUCACGAGGAGGAAAUUCAUCCAUAAUAAAGGCAAAAAUGAAUAGAUGACCGGACCACAGAGGAUCACAGACAAGCUAAAUCGUUCUCACUUUGAGGGUAUAAGGGUAUCUCACUCAUCAACCAAGUUGGAUUCAGUGGCUCUUUUGAAGAGUCAAAGAGAGACGUGACCUAUAGAAAUGAUCCUAUGAAGUACGUCGAC